AUCCCUACCCCAAAUAUCUGCCCGAGAGAUAGAGAGAGAGAGAUGGCUGCGACGGCGAGAGCCAUGGAUGCCUACGAGAAGCUGGAGAAGGUGGGAGAAGGGACCUACGGGAAGGUCUACAAGGCGAGGGAGAAGGCCACGGGAAAGAUCGUGGCCCUCAAGAAGACCCGCCUCCCCGAGGACGACGAGGGAGUCCCCUCGACCACUCUCCGUGAGGUGUCGCUUCUCAGAAUGCUCUUCUUCGACCCCCAUAUCGUCCGGCUGUUGGAUCUCAAGCAAGGCCAGAACAAAGAAGGGAAGACGGUUCUUUAUCUGGUCUUUGAGUACAUGGACACUGAUCUCAAGAAAUACAUCAGAAGCUUCCGCGCGAACCAGGAGAUGAUUCCAUCCAAAACCGUGAAGAUUUUAAUGUACCAACUGUGCAAGGGUGUAGCAUUUUGCCACGGUCAUGGUGUACUGCAUAGAGACCUGAAGCCUCACAAUCUUUUAAUGGAUCGGAAGACAAUGAUGCUUAAAAUAGCAGACCUUGGACUAAGUAGAGCAUUCACUGUUCCGCUUAAGAAGUAUACUCAUGAGAUCCUGACACUGUGGUAUAGAGCUCCUGAAGUGCUUCUUGGGGCCACACAUUAUUCAACACCAGUUGAUAUGUGGUCUGUUGGCUGCAUAUUCGCUGAACUAGUAACAACUCAAGCACUAUUUCCUGGAGACUCAGAACUGCAGCAGCUCCUUCACAUUUUCAGGGUUAUUGGGAACCCCAAUGAAGAAGUGUGGCCAGGAGUAAGCAAAUUGCCUAACUGGCACGAGUAUCCUCAAUGGGGCCCCAAGAAACUUUCUUCCGUGAUUCAAAAUCUUGAUGCCGAUGGAAUUGAUCUGCUUUCGAAGAUGCUGCAAUAUGAGCCUUCAAAGAGGAUCUCUGCAAAGAAAGCAAUGGAGCAUUCAUACUUUGAUGAUGUGGAUAAAGCACAUUGUGCUGAGACCUUCAAAUAGUGGGUACCAAAUAGGUGUUUUGGUCCAGAACUAUCAAGUUUCUUGUUGUUUUGGUGUGUAUAAUUGCUUCCCUCAAGCAUUGGCAAUUGGAGUGGGGAGUUGGUGUGUAUGACUACUACGAUCUAAUCUUUGCGAUGUUUUUAUAGUCUAUCUGAGAAGGGCGGGCAACCAAAACAUUUUCAAGAAUGCUAACAUGUGUAUGCUUUGAUUUAGUACUACUCUGGCUAUGUUAUAUGGGAUUAAUAUUUGUUUCAAAUUUUCAUUAGACUUGCCAUAUUGAAGUACAAAAGUGUGACAAUGGAAGAUGAUUUCAAAAGA